AUGGCUCCAGGACGACGAAGCGGAGGCGGUGUUCCCGGCGGUAACAACAACCAGCAACAGCGGAAACCGCAGGUCAACAACCAUAGCCGCAAAUCUCGCGGUGCUGCAGCUGCAGCUGCAGCUUCAUCUACAGGAUCUUCCAAAAAGUCGACUAUCAAAUCGCUGGCCAACGUUUAUUCGAUCGACGACGAGGAAGAGUCCAAGAGCGCGAGACGCCGCAAGCAGUACUUGGAUGAGGUCGAUAAUUAUGAAUAUAAUGUCGAUGAUAUCGAAGACGAGGACGAUGAGGAGAUCGAUUCGGACGAGGCUUUUGACGAGGAGGACGAGGAAAAGUACGAGAACUUUCAGUUCUAUGGAUCGAAGGAUCAGCAGGGAAAGAAGAAGAAUAAGAAGCAGAGCCAGACUGACAAGAAGGACAAAGGCAAGGGCAAGCAGUCCGUGUCGGAUGACGAGGACAUGAUGGAUCAGGACGAAAGUGAGGACGAAGAGGAAGAGUCUGAAGAGGAGGAGGGUGCAGAGUACAUGGACAUUUCAGAGAUGCUGGAUCAGCCCGAGGAGGAUGAAGUCCCUCUGCCAAAGAAGGCCAAGGUUCCUGGAUUCAACGACUUUGACAGCGAGGAGGAGAAUCUUAAAUUCGGUGGCGAAAGCGACGAUGACGAGGAUGAUGAGGAUGAAGACGACGAGGACGAGGAGAUGGAGGAAGACAACCACGACGAUGAGACCAAGACCACCAACUUGACCAGCUUCAUCGACUCACUCGAGACAAAAUCCAGCAAGCGCAAACAAGAUGACUCUACGGGCUCUUUUUCGAAAAAGGCACGCAAGGCUCUUCGUGAGAGGACAGAGGCGUACGACGAGUCGGAAUAUAACCUUCAAGCACACCGCUCCGCGGUCGCACACUCUGCAAAUGGUGUCAGCAACAAGAAAAAACUGGACAUGCUCGACCUUGUCAAUUCACUUCAAGAUGAGGCUGGAUUCAGCGGUUUGAAGAAGAACAUCCAGGCACUGGAGAGUGGUCCCAAGAAGGGAAAGGCUGUUGAGACCCUGGCAGCACCUCUUCCAAAGAUCGUUCAGGAUCGUUUGAACCGUCAGGCCGCUUACGAGGAAGCCAAGAAGGAGGUCACUAAGUGGUUGCCAAUCGUCCAGAAGAACCGUCAAGCAGAGCACCUUGCCUUCCCCAUGAACGCACCCCCAGUGGAGGCCCCCUCAAGUUCGACGCUCGCUAGCAAAUUCAAUGCAUCAACAGCGAUGGAGAAGGAGAUUCAGGAGGUCCUAAUCGAGGGUGGUAUGCAAGAAAAGAAGCUGAUGGAGUUUGAGGAGUUGGCGCUGAACAAGAUGACGACGGAGGAGGUGGAGAAGCGACGCGCAGACCUCCGCAUGAUGCGUGAUCUCAUGUUUCGCGAAGAACUCCGAGCUAAGCGCGUGUCGAAGAUCAAGAGCAAGCUGUACCAUAAGAUCAAGAAGAGGGAGCGUGAACGUAAUGCCCUGACCACCGAGGAGAUGAAAGAGCUGGACCCUCAACAAGCACGCGAGGAACAUAUGCUGCAGGAGCAGAAGCGCGCCCAGGAGCGCAUGACCUUGAAGCACAAGAAUACGGGCAAGUGGGCCAAGGACCAGCUCAAGCACGGCAACUUUGACCCCGAGUCCCGACAGGCGAUCACGGAGCAGAUCGAGCGCGGCGAACGACUAAGACGUAAGAUUCAGGAUGUGGACUCGGAUGAAGAGGAUUCCGGCGGAGAGAGCGAGUACAGCGAUUUCGACGACGAUGAUAUCGAGGGCGUUAAGGCCCGUGCAUUCGAUGAGCUGGCGCAGGUCGAGGAGCAGCUCGCAAAGGAUCAGGAUGCAGCUCUGGAGGCUAAGGUCGGCAAGGGUGUGUUUGCGAUGAAGUUCAUGCAGGAUGCUGCUAAGAGGAGCAAGAUGCAAGCACAGAUUGCUGCUGAAGAGUUCCGUAAGGAGAUGAUGGAGGAAGAUGAGCUGAGGGCACAGUCGAGCGAGGAUGAGUGGAAGUCUGUGUCCAAGGGUAGCAAGAAAGCUGCCAAGAAGGCCGCCAAGGAGGCCGAGGCUGGAACUGCUAUUGGUACCUCAGGAGGACGAAUGGUGUUUGGCAAUGCUGAUGCCACACCCGUCCAGGGAGAUAAGGCCAUCAUUGCUGCACCUGAAAAGGCGGUCAAAAUGAACAGCGCAGGGCAAAUUAGCAAGGUGGCACUUUCUGGAGGCCAUUCGACUAAGGUUGCAGGACCUGUUAACGUCAAGAUUGCAGGAUCAAGCCUCAAGUCUACUGCGCAGGAUGGCAAUGACUCGAAUGGGCAGUCUGCAAACCCAUGGCUGGAGACGGACAAGCACGGCCAAGGCAAGAUUGCUCGCAAGGGAGAUAAGGGCAUGAAGAAGGACAGCUCGAAGGCAGACAAGUUGCAGGGCAGGCUUAAGAAGCAAAAGGCAGCCGAGGCGGGAUCGGAUGACGAGGUCCAGAUUGAUACCAGCUCAUACCUGACUCUAAGCAAGGACAACCAGAAGGAGCAUGGACUGAACAAGGAUUCGGACAGCAGCGACUCUGAUGAGAGCGAGGAAGAAUCAAUGCCAUCAGAACCAGUAGCGGCUGCAUCGAAAAAGAGCAACAAGAAGGUCACAAAAGCAACUACAUCGGCAGUAUCGGCAACAGUAGGGUCAGGCGAUGAGGACGACUCGGAUGCUUCUGAGGCUGAGCCGGUCAUGGUGCACGCCAAGACGGCAGCGGCGCUUUCUCAGCGCGAUUUGGUGGCUCGUGCAUUUGCCAACGACAAUGUCGUGUCCGAGUUUGAGAAGGAGAAGAUGGAGGUGAUGGAGGCCGAGAAGCCUAAGGACGUUGACUUGACACUCCCAGGAUGGGGCUCAUGGGGUGGCAAGGGCGCGAAGAAGAAGAAGAACGUUGUGGUGAAAAAGGCCCAGCCCGGCGAGGGUAUCGAGGCCAGCAAGCGUAAGGAUGCGAAGCUAGCGCAUGUAAUCAUCAACGAGAGGCGGGACAAAAAGGCGGCAGCGUAUGCGGUGACAAGGAUCCCACAUCCUUUCAAGACGUGGGAGCAGUACGAGCAGAGUCUGAGGGCACCAGUGGGCAAGGAAUGGAACACGAACUCGACGUUCCAGAAGAUGACCCUACCAAGGAUCACGACCAAACUGGGCAAGAUCAUCGAUCCUCUUACGGCACCGUUCAAGUAG